AAACCUUAAAAAAAAAAAGGGGGUGAUGAAAGGUAGGGUUUUAAGAUGUUAUAGAAAGAGGCUUAGCAGUUUCAAUUUGAGAGAGAGAGGCAAUGACUCGGCUGAGCUCGGAGCAGGUGUUGAAGGACAACAAUACCGCCGACCCAACUUCCGUUCUCACUCUUCACCUCACUCACAAAGCUCUUUCCGAUAUAACGUGCUUGGCCAACUUCAUCAACUUGGAGAAGCUUGACCUCAAGCUCAACAAUCUCACUUCACUUGAGGGGUUGAGAUCAUGUGUUAAUUUAAAGUGGUUAUCCGUUGUAGAAAACAAAUUAGAAAGCUUGGAAGGAAUUCGAGGACUUGCUAAGCUCACUGUGCUGAAUGCAGGAAAAAAUAAGCUUAAAUCUAUCGAUCCGGUCAUGUCACUUGUUAGCCUCCGAGCACUUAUUUUGAAUGAAAAUGAAAUUUCCUCUAUUUGCAAACUUGAUCAGCUGAAAGACUUGAACACACUUGUUCUGUCCAAAAAUCCUAUUAGUAAAAUUGGUGAGGCUCUGAUGAAGGUGAAAUCUGUCACAAAGCUUUCCCUUUCUUAUUGCCAGCUUCAGGAUAUUGGCAUUUCACUCAAGUCAUGUGUUGAGUUGAGUGAGCUCCGCCUUGCUCACAAUGAGAUUAAGUCUCUCCCAGAUGAAUUAAAGCUCAAUUCAAAGCUACGGAAUUUAGAUUUGGGGAAUAAUGUGAUCACGAGGUGGUCAGAAGUUAAGGUGCUCAAAUCGCUCACAAAUCUGAAAAAUCUUAAUCUCCAAGGAAAUCCUGUUUCCACAAUUGAUAAAAUUACAAGAAAGAUUAAGAAAGCACUGCCAAGACUACAGAUAUUCAAUGCUAGACCAGUAGAUAAAGAUACUGAGAAUAAGAAAGGUGGCGUAGUUGAUGGAACUGAUGAUUUUUCAGUAGAUGAGGCAAUUCAAAAUUUGAGAGACAGCACAAAAGAAAAGAAGAGUGCAAGAUUUCAGCCAACAGGUCAAAAUGAGGAUGAUCAUCUUGAAGCUGCUGAUGAUAUCGACUCGGAGAGAAAAUCAAGUAAGAAAAGGAAGAAAACUGUUGAUGUAUCCAAGAUGGAAGUCGGAGUUCUCAAGGAGGAAAAUAAAGGCCAUAAAAAGGACAAGGCAGAUAGAAAGAAAGAAAGUCUUAUAGUUAUUGUUGAUCCUGACAUAGAGAAUAAACCAACUAAGAAAAAGAUAAAAAAGGAUGACAAGCCCUUUGACAAGGGUGUGGCACUUGAGGAGAAUAUUAGUAAUGUUGAAAAGAAACUGAAGAAAAAAAGGAAGAAUGAGGAACAAAGUGAACUUGAUGUUAUUGAUGAUGGAGAAGCUUCAUUUGCAGAACUUUUUAAAAUCAAUGAUGCAGAAACUCUGAAUCGUGAUGAUGAAAUUAAAGCACAGGUUAAAGUGGCCAAGGAUGUGAAAUUGGUGGGUAGCACAGUAGGCUCAUUUGCCGAAGGUAAGAAUGCUAAGAUGCAGAAUAUGGAGUCUCUAUCAUCUUCAGUGGCAGAAAUAGGAAUGGGAGGGCCAUCAACAUGGGGUGAUGACUGAUAAUAUCUGGACAUAUGUUGAUGCAUCAAAUCUUGACUAAAAGGAGUUGAGAACUAAUUUUGAGUCUGAAUACUGUCAGAUUUCUCAUUGCAUUCACCUGUAUUCAAGCUGAGCUCCUCAGCUAUUUACUGUUUCAGAAUUCCAGGGUAAUUUUGUUAUGUUUUAAGCUGUUUCCAUUCACAUUUUUUUUAUGGAGUUGUUGAAACCAGUUAAAAUAAUUUUAUUGAUCUGCUAUUAUGUUUUACACA